AAGCGGGCAGCGGGCGGACCGGAAGUCUCGGGAGGUGACGGAGCGGUUUUGAAACUCCCGCCGUUUCCGCUCGUGGCGGCGCGACCGGAACCGAACGGAACGCGGCGCGAGAUGGACCCCGACACCGAGCGGCGGCCCCGCGGGGGGUACCGGUGCCGCCUGUGCGACAUCAGCGCCCCGAAUGCUCCCAGUUUAGAGAGUCACCUUAAAGGAAAAAAGCAUCAGAAACUGAUGAGUGUGAGAGCCACCAGGAAGCUGCAGGAAGAAAACAGCGUGUUUGUGAGCGGUUUCCGUAAAGGCACACCCGAACUGGAACUCAGUGACUACUUUCAAACGUUUGGCACAGUCGCAAGCAUAAUAAUGGACAAGGACAAAGGCAUCUAUGCAAUUAUACAGAUGGACAGCACAGAAGAAGUGAAAAGGGUGCUGUCUGUGUCCCAGCACUGUAUGAACGGCCAAAAGCUGCGAGUGAAGGCCAGAGAAAAGAAAGACUUCAAAUACGUCCCCAAAAAGAAGCAGGCGCCCGGCAAAAAGCAACUGAUUAAUUUCGAAGAACUGUCGCAGAUUCUCUGCGGAGCUGCUGACGUUGAUGAGCAGCUGCAGCAAUUGUUGCAGUUGUUUCAGUUCUCGGACAGCGAGCGGAGCCUGCGAGAGCUGCUCAUGUCUCUGAUGCAGGAGGUCUUCUCCGAGUUCUUCCCAGGUUGCAAAAUCCUGCCCUUUGGAUCAUCGGUGAAUACCUUUGACGUUCGCGGCUGUGACAUGGAUUUAUUCCUCGAUCUUGAAAACACAAAGACUUUCCAGGCCACUGCCACGGAGGCAAAGACUGAAGGAGUUCAAGGAGCCGAAAGUGACAUACAGUCAGACACCCGUUCUGAGGAUUCCAUCUUGUCUGACAUCGACCUGGAGACUUCGACUCCAGCUGAGAUCCUCGAGUUAGUGGCCACUGUGCUGCAGAAGUGUGUUCCAGGCGUUCACAAAGUUCAGGCCGUCACCACGGCCAGGCUACCGGUGGUUAAAUUUAUCCACAAGGAAUCAGGGUUGCAAGGAGACAUCUCUAUUAACAAUAGGUUAGCUGUACGCAACACAAAAUUCCUUCAGCUGUGCUCUUCGGUGGACCAAAGGGUGAGGCCUCUGGUUUAUGCCGUUCGUCACUGGGCAAAGCAGAAGCAGCUCGCUGGGAAUCCCUUUGGAGGAGGACCAUUGCUGAAUAAUUAUGCAGUCACACUCUUGGUCGUUUUUUUCCUUCAGAACAGGACGCCUGCCAUUCUCCCGACUGUGAACCAUUUAAAAGAGCUCGCAGAAGGUGAAGAUCACUGUAUAAUUGACGGUUGGGAUUGCACAUUUCUGAAUGAUCCAAGCAAAGUGGACGCCAGUGAAAAUUCUGAAAGCUUGUGUGUCCUCCUUGCAGACUUUUUUAAAUUGUACGCGCAGUUUGACUUUGCCGGAACUGUUAUUUCUCUGAGAGAGGGCAAAGCCCGGCCUGUAACAGAGUUCAUUAAACCCGAUUCACACAGACACCUCAAAUUUGGGCCGAUUAAUAUCCAGGAUCCCUUUGAACUGAGUCACAACGUGGCUGGAAACAUCAACGAGAGAUCAGGGCAAAGGUUCAAGAGGCAGAGCGACGAGGCUUUCAAGUACUGCCGCAGCCUGCAAUUCCAGAGGAAAUCCAACAAGGGCAAAAUGUGGGGCAUCGUCAGAUUGUUUCAGCCUCUGAGCAGCGCUGACUGCUCACCCGCCUCCUCCCCAGCAGUGGAUCAAGGCCAAGGUAAAGAAUCGACUUGCAGUGAGAACGUGUUAACUAUCCCCUUCAAGCUGUCGGCCCUCUCUGAGCAAACGAGAAAAAGCCUUCACGGCUCUCUGGACUUCAGGGAGGUCUGGUUUGACAAAGUGUGUCACGCCGUCCUGUACGUCAUGGAGUCUGUCCUCAAAUGCAGUUGCUUCGGUCAGAGCGGCGAAGGAGACGACACAGCCGGUGGAGCGGACCGAAGCCUCGACGCGGUGGACGAGAAAGAGGACGAGGGUUUUGAGGAGGAGAUUUGCUCCGGAUCGAAGAGGCCGUGCGAGGCCGAGGAGCUAGCGGGAACUUCAGCGCCUAAGAAGCCAAGGCUGGGCGGCCUGAGGUACCAGGGGGAGGUGAGGUGGCACUGCUCCGUUUGGAACAAAGUCUGGGUCGGGCGCAGGAAAAUGAGGCGCCAGCUCUACAGAAGCCCGAACAAAGCUGACGCAGAGACGAGCGACAACCCCGGCGUCUUAGACCUCGAAGAGAAGGUUACCGACGCCAUGUUGCGACAGGAAGGGAACGAGGCGAAGCCCAGCCCGCUGUUCGAAGUCCAGCUCGUUGUCUUUCUGGUCGGAGGCAACGGGGAUACCAGGACCGUGAUCCGGGUCACGCCUCUGCAGCAAACCGCGCUAUUUCCCGAAUUCUUUCACUUCCUGCAGUUAUUCGUCCCGAAAAUGACUGAGAAGUACAUCGAGAGAUUAGACUGAAGAGAAAAUAGUGACCGCUGACCGGUCAUUCGCGGCGAGGGGUCGCGGCUGCCGUUUCUGCGUUCUUGCAGAAAGCUUUAUUUUUCUCCCCCACUGAAGUCGAGUCCAGUCUGAGGCGGCGCUGCGCAAGGGUCGUGGGUUUUUUUUUUAGCGUGAGCUGCGAAAGACCGUAUUUUCUUCUAAAACGGCGACUCGGAGCAAAAUAUUUGGAGCGGGUAAAUCGCUGGAAGUUCUGGAAGGGAAGAACGUGGUUUAGUGCCUUGAACGUCAGAAGUCUCAAAAACGCUCCUCCAUAAUUCUCGUUUCUAAACGAUUCUAAAUCUGGGUUUCUUUUUUUUUCCCAUUCUGGGCACGGUGAGAUGUCGUGUGAAACUGCGUGGUUGGCUUCACGGUAGGUUCCCGAUCUCGGCUGAGGCUGUCCGGAGAGAGGUAGGGAGAAAAUCAUCCGAUGCUGGAAAAAGCUGCGAGGUUCAUGGCUUAUCCUGGGACUGGACAGAUUGUUUUCCUUUUGACUUGCACAAGGAUCUCGAACGUAUCGGGAAGACUCACGAAGUCUACGCGCCGCAAAACUUGUCCAGUUCCCUUAUGCCGCGUCUGCCAAAGGCGUUACGGCUGCGGUUAGUUCAAUUGGGGUAACAAUGUCAAACUGUCUCAUUUUGAGAGAAAGAAAUAAAACCGUCUGAUUUAAAACUUUUUGCAGACUUUUUAU